UAGGUGUAAAGAUGAAUAGGAAUAGAAGCUUAAAAGAAAACAGAGCUCGCCGGUCCUAACCUAAUCUACAAGACCAUCCAGUUGAAUCAUCGCCGUCCACGUCAUCCGCAGUUAAAACAUACCGCAAAACCAAUCCUCGUUGUGAGGCAAAUGCAAAUGCAAAUGCAAAUGCAUAUUCGAGCAAAUGAUUGGAUGGAAUUUUCGCCGGUGAGAGAGACGCGAGAAGACAUGGCGGUGGACUGGACUCAGCUCCUCCCUGAACUCCUAGAGACAAUCUCGAAAAGAAUCAAAGUUUACGCCGAUUACAUCCACUGUCGAGCCGUAUGUCGCAAUUGGCGAUCCUCUAUUUCGGGAACCCCCUACCAUCUCCCUCCUCAGCUCCCAUGGCUCAUGCUCCCUCAAUCACAAUCCAACAAAUCUCACCGCGCUUUCUUCGACCUCUCCACCAACAAUUACCACUUCCUCAACCUCCCUGAGGCCUCCCAUCUCAAGCGCCACUGCGGCUCUUCUCACGGCUGGCUCAUACUCCUGGAUGACUCCCCUUUAGUCCUUCUCAUAAACCCUCUUACGCGAGCCAAGUCCACUUUGCCUUCGCUCUCGAGUUUUCCUAAUGUUGUUGGCUUCAAUUACUCCAAUAUCGGUCAAGAAUACACGCUUCAGAACUCGUCGGGCGGUCGUUACACGUGUAGCCUGAGACAAAUGCGUGAUGGUUUCAUCAAGAAAAUCGCUUUAUCAUCCAGUCCAUUGAAGGCGAUCAAUUUCACAGCCAUAGCGAUUCUUAAUCAAACAGGUGAUUUGGCUUACUGUAGUAAUCGAAGCCAAUCCUGGACUAUCAUAGAAAAUGCUCGCUCUUUUUGCGAAGAUGUUAUAUACUUGAAUGGAUUCUUUUACGCGGUCAAUAAAUCCGGCCAAAUUGCAGUUUGUGAUCUCACCGGCUAUUCACCCGAGGUUUCAUUUAUCGAGACUCCGAGCCAAGCUGGUGGUGAUAUGCAGUAUUUGGUUAGUUCAGCAGAUGAAUUAUUAUUGGUAACCAGGUAUUUGGAUCUUGAAUUCCAGGACGAUCAUCCUUUUAUGCAGCAAUAUAUACUCUAUAGAACAAUUCGGUUUGAAGUUUUUAGGCUUGACCGGAGUGGACCACGGUGGGUAAGGGUUAGAAACUUGGGGGAUAAGGUGUUGUUCAUCGGUGAAAAUAGCUCACUGUCAUUGUCAGCUACAGAUUUCUCUGGUUGCAUCGGAAAUUGCAUAUAUCAUACCGAUGAUUAUUCUGAAACUAAUUAUGAUGGCCAUUUUCGAGAACAUGAUUUGGGCAUUUUCAAGUUAUGGGAUGGAAGCAUUGAGGCUUUACCUUGUUAUCCACGGAAUUUUCUUUCUCGAUCACCAUGGCCUCCGCCGAUUUGGAUUUCUCCCAAUCCAUUCUAAUUCCAAGAUUGUUGGAUAUUCAUGAAUGAUUGGAGGUAACGUUUCAACAGGGUAUUGUAAGCAUCUAGAGUUUUCCUAAAUCUUGAAAAAUACAAAUGAAAAAUUUCAUUUAGGUAUCUUGAAAUUGUAUUUGUUUAGAAAAUUCAACGUGUGAGGCUAGAGACAUUCUUAUCUUUGUGAUGAGAGAUUGAGAAUCCCGCAAUGCUUUUCAGAUACAAGUAUCAACGUUGUUGCAAUGAUAGUUUAUUUAGCUUUUA